UUCUCCUAAGCACCCAGACUUAUUAAGUAUUUGCCAAUUUACCUCAAAACCGCCAUUACAACUCUAUAAAACCACAGAGAGAAUAUCUCCAAGCUCAAAUUUGGGAUUCAACAAUCAAAUUACAACCAUUUCAGAAAUGGGUCAUCACGGACACGGUGAGAAAGGUCGACCAAGUAAGAAGAUCAAGUUUGCUUCUAAGGAGGAAUAUAGAGCUUCAGCUGCUGCUGAUGAUCAGUAUGAAGAAGGGGGUGAUGAUUUUCAUGAUGGUGAGAGGGAAGGGAAGAAGAUGGAUUUCACUAAACUGGAACUCAAACCCGAUCAUGCGAAUCGUCCAUUGUGGGCUUGCGCAGAUGGAAGAAUUUUCCUUGAAACCUUCUCUCCAUUAUAUAAGCAAGCCUAUGAUUUUCUCAUUGCUAUUGCUGAGCCUGUUUGCAGGCCGGAGUCGAUGCAUGAGUACAACUUGACGCCUCACUCGUUGUAUGCAGCUGUGUCAGUUGGUCUUGAAACUGAAACUAUAAUAGCUGUUUUGAGCAAAUUGUCAAAGACCAAGCUUCCCAAAGAGAUGAUUGAUUUUAUUCAUGCUUCUACUGCUAAUUAUGGAAAAGUGAAGCUUGUACUUAAGAAGAAUCGGUAUUUCAUUGAAUCUCCAUUUCCAGAGGUUUUGAAAAGAUUGCUUGCGGAUGACAUCAUAGCAAAAGCUAGGAUUUCGUCUGAGGGGAUGCAUGGAAAUGAUGGGUUUACUGUAAGCAAACCCGUGAAUGAAAUUGAAGGUGGACAUGAUGAGUUGAUAAACGAAGUAGAUGUGGCAGCUGCGGCUGAAGAAAAAGAAACUCAUUCAUUUGAAAUAAACCCUGACCAGGUUGAAAAUGUGAAGCAGCGGUGUCUACCAAAUGCUUUGAAUUAUCCGAUGAUGGAGGAGUAUGACUUCAGGAAUGACACAGUUAAUCCUGAUCUUGAUAUGGAGUUAAAGCCUCAAGCACAGCCACGGCCUUAUCAAGAGAAGAGUCUUAGUAAGAUGUUUGGAAAUGGAAGAGCAAGAUCUGGAAUUAUAGUGCUGCCUUGUGGUGCCGGAAAGUCUUUAGUAGGUGUUUCUGCAGCAAGCAGAAUAAAAAAGAGCUGCCUGUGUUUAGCAACAAAUGCUGUGUCUGUGGAUCAAUGGGCUUUCCAGUUUAAGUUGUGGUCUACUAUCCGAGAAGAGCAGAUAUGUCGUUUCACAUCUGACAGCAAAGAAAGAUUCCGUGGUAAUGUCGGUGUGGUGGUGACAACAUAUAACAUGGUUGCUUUUGGUGGCAAACGUUCUGAAGAAUCUGAGAAGAUCAUUGAAGAAAUAAGAAAUAGAGAAUGGGGUUUACUACUCAUGGAUGAGGUGCACGUGGUUCCUGCACAUAUGUUUCGAAAGGUUAUUAGUAUCACGAAAUCACACUGCAAACUUGGGCUUACUGCUACGCUUGUCAGAGAAGACGAAAGGAUCACAGAUCUGAACUUUCUUAUUGGUCCCAAGUUGUAUGAAGCAAAUUGGUUGGAUUUAGUGAAAGGAGGAUUUAUUGCAAAUGUACAAUGUGCUGAGGUGUGGUGUCCUAUGACGAAGGAAUUCUUUGCUGAAUAUUUGAAAAAAGAGAACUCAAAGAAGCGACAAGCACUUUAUGUGAUGAACCCAAAUAAGUUCAGGGCUUGUGAGUUUCUUAUCCGCUUUCAUGAACAGCAGCGUGGGGACAAGAUCAUUGUCUUCGCCGACAAUCUUUUUGCACUUACCGAGUAUGCAAUGAAGCUUCGGAAACCUAUGAUCUAUGGUGCUACCAGCCACGUUGAAAGAACUAAAAUUCUUGAUGCAUUUAAAACUAGCAAGGAAGUUAACACCAUAUUCCUUUCCAAGGUGGGUGAUAACUCCAUUGAUAUUCCUGAGGCGAAUGUUAUAAUACAAAUUUCGUCGCAUGCUGGUUCAAGACGACAAGAAGCUCAACGUCUAGGGCGUAUUCUCAGGGCCAAGGGGCGGCAUCAAGAUAGGAUGGCAGGAGGUAAAGAGGAGUAUAAUGCGUUCUUUUACUCCCUCGUCUCAACAGAUACCCAGGAAAUGUACUACUCAACCAAAAGACAACAGUUCUUGAUCGAUCAAGGUUAUAGCUUUAAGGUGAUCACAAGUUUGCCACCUGCUGAUUCUGGGCCUGAGUUAUCUUACCAUCGUCUUGAUGAUCAGCUUCAACUUCUCGGAAAGGUACUGAGUGCUGGUGAUGACGCAGUCGGUUUGGAGCAGCUCGAUGAAGAUGCAGAUGACGUAGCUCUUCAAAAAGCCCGUCGUUACUCAGGUUCUAUGAGUGCCAUGUCAGGAGCUAAAGGAAUGGUUUAUAUGGAGUACAACAGUGGAAAGAAAGGCCUUAUUAAAAGCAAGCCUAAAGAUCCAACCAAGAGACAUCAAUUAUUCAAGAAACGAUUUGGUUGAUUCAUACAUUGAUACUACAUUUCUCCCUUGUCAUCUAAUUUGUGAUUCACCGGAGCGACGAGACCUUGUAAGCUUCUUUUUCAAGUGUCGGUAGCGGAGGUUCGCGUAAGAAGCAAGGCAACCGCUUGUUUUGGUUGUACGUUAGGAAGAAUUUGAGGUAUAUGAAACAUUUAUAUCAAUGUAACAAGCAUGUAAACUUUAUGAUGUUAUUUGGUUAUUUCUAAUGUUCUGCUUUUCUAUUC